UAUGUCAAAUCUGGUUACACUGGUCCGUGUGUCAUCAUAAAAACAUGUUCUUCAAUAUUAACAGUUUAUAUGCUUAAUUUUUCGUGUUAAAGUUAUUUGAUCACUUUUAUGUUUUAAUGCAGUUCUUGUUGUACGAUACAUGAUGAAUAACGUAAAAUGUAAUAAAAAUUCGACAUAACCAUAACCACCUUCUCACGAUCGAACAAUCGUUUGAUUGUAUCAUAUUUAUGUAGAGAAAAGUAUGUCUGUAAACUAACACUAUCUACCGUACAGAAAAGAUAAAUUGAUAUUUCUGGGAAAAAAGAAGGUGAAUCAGAACAUUUUUACGGUAAAGUAUUGAAAUGCCAAAUUCAUAUUUGUACGCCAUAAAUAAUGAAGGACGUGUGUUUGGAUUAUCAACGUCUGGGAACAUGUGGCGGGAGUUUACGUACCUGGGUAUUGAAUUUAAACAAUUAUCAGCUGUACCGCAUUUCAUGUGGGCUAUAGGCUGCGAUCGUCAAGUUUACGUACAUGUACAUGGUUUGGAUGUACCUAUAAGGCUUAAAGAAGAAAUAUAUGAAAAUGAACGAUGGCUUCCCUUAGAUGGAUUUAGUGGAAGAUUAUUACCUACAGAUAGGUAUAACUUUUCUAAUCAAGAUGGUACAGUUGACCGUAGUCGAGAUAAAGUAAAGUUACCAUCUAUGGCCUGGCAGUGGGAAGGUGACUGGCAAAUAGAGACUACAUUAGAUGGCCAACCAUUAGAUCAUGAUGGAUGGACAUAUGCGGUUGAUUUUCCAACUACAUAUACCACAAAAAAACAAUGGAAAUCCUGUGUCAGAAGACGAAAAUGGGUUCGGUAUAGGAGAUACAGUGCCAUGAAUUCGUGGUGUGCUAUUGCACCUCUACAUAAAGAUCCAACAGAGGAACCGUUUAUUGAUAUAUCUGUGGGUGGAAACCAAAUGCCUGGAGGUAAUCCUGGAUGCCUACUAGUCUGGGCAGUAACCGCUCAUGGAAGGGUAAUGUUUCGCGUUGGUACCAGUACAACAUGCCCUGAAGGGCAAAGAUGGAGCGCUAUAAAAUUAGCCACUGGUUACGAGGUAUGUCAAAUCAGUGUCGGAAUAACCGGUCUUGUGUGGGCUGUGUUAAUGAUUGGUAAAGCACUGGUGCGUACAGGUGUCACUAGAGAAAAUCCAAUGGGUGAAGACUGGUCGGAGGUAGAGCCUCCUCAAAAAGAUUUGAAAUUAGUACAAGUUAGCGUGGGCACGGAUGCUGUGUGGGCUGUGUCGCAGGACGGGGGAGUAUGGUUUAGGAAAGGUAUCAGAGGCGAUAUGAGUGGACUUUGCGAACAGAUGGCUACUGGUACUGGAUGGGUAGAAAUGUUAAGCAAAAUGUCAUUAGUGUCCGUUGCUCCAAACGAUCAGGUUUGGGCUAUUGGUCAGGAAGAUCGGUGUGUAUACUAUCGUACUGGUAUUACACGAUCAGAAUUAACGGGUAAAAAGUGGAGAGUAAUAAACGCGCCUCUUCAACUUAGCAGAGCGAGUAGUAAUGCCAGUUUAUCAUCGAAUAAUAGGCACAGUAUGUGCGGUACUCCUCAACAACAGAGACAUCAAAGCUGGGGAUCGUUGAAUCGGCCGCAUAGCACUAGCGAGGGGACUACGUUGAUCAGAGAAUGGGAAGAACAAUCUCAUUCGGCACCAACACCAACAUCUUUAAAAUUAUGGCAUCGCUCAAACGACGGUGUUUAUAUUAAAAAUCCACAACAAACAUCAUUCCAGGACAUAUAUCUGAACGAGGGCAAAAAGAGAUGUACAAAUUCGUUAGAUAUGGGUGAUUUGACCGAAGCUAGUGUUGCGAAUAUAACCAUAUCGAACGAGUCACUGACCAAAACUGGCGAAUCCAUAAUAGUCUCUGGGAAAGGGAUGGGCAGUACUGUCAAGAUCAAUCCAGCUGCAUGGAGUCCUGUUCACUCGGUCGGCUCUAUGGUAGGUGUAGAAGCUCAUCCGGAAACGGAUGGAAGUAUAUUCGAUCCUGAUUUAACCAGCGAUUCUGGAGUCUACGGAGAAGAUGAAAGUUCCGGAGCAAUGUAUUGGGCCGAAUGCGAUGCUUCCUGGUACAAAAUAGAAGCUGGAGCUUGUUUCGUUGAUCCAUCCAAUCCUCCAAAAUGGAUCGCGGACACAAAUGGCGCAAAUCACGGAGAUAUCGCGGAGCCAUGGAGGAUAUACGUGUUAGAAGAACUGAGGAAAAGAUUACAAAAAGUACAAUUUGACGCGUCAAUGUAUGAAAAAGCUGUUGAAAAGUGAGAUCAUCUUGGGUAAAAAAUGGUGAUGCAAAAUGUAAAAUUAAGGGUAAUACUUCGUACGAAGAUUGUAUUAUUGAAUUAGAGUGGAUAAGCAGCGAUAGUGGAUCUUUAGAUUCCGGGACAGUAACUAUUUUGAAUUCCGAC